CUUCGUGACUUUAAUGUUUGGUAUUCAAGAAGGCAGCUGGAAUGAUUUGGUGUUUGUUCCUUGUUUAUUCAGUAGGGGCAGUUAAAUGGGAAGCGCCUGCACCCUACGACCCGGUGUGGCUUGCCAGUGUCCAAACUCACGCCCCGGUCCCAUCUGUAAACGAGACUCGGUUUUGGGGCUGGGUAAACAAUUAUGAUGUGCAGUUUAGGCUGUUUACAAGACGCAAUCCGUAUGAAUUUCAACUUCUAACAGCGAACAAUUCAUCAAUGCUGCGCGAAUCCAACUUCAACUUUAAUAACAAGGUGAAAGUUCUGGCGCACGGCUGGCUAAAUCACGGCGACGGUCCUAUGCCGGAAUCCAUUAAAGAAGCAUACCUGAAUGUGAGUGAUCUAAACAUCAUCGUGGUAGAUUGGGGCACCGCGGCCAAUGUAAACUACAUAUUGGCUAGUUACAACGUGGCUUUAGUUGGAAGGAUGCUCACAGAAUUCCUUAACUUCCUGAUAAGCGAAGGCGUAUCUAUGGAUAAUGUGCAUCUCAUAGGGCAUAGUUUAGGAGCUCACGUUGUGGGUAUAGCGGGUGCUUAUGUUAAAGAAGGACCUAUAGAUACUAUUACAGGGUUAGAUCCAGCUUUACCCCUGUUCACACUGGGAAAUAAGGACGCGCGUCUUGAUAAACACGACGCGCGACACGUCGAAGUGAUACACACGUGCGGAGGCUACCUAGGAUUUGCGGCGCCUCUGGGCCACAUUGACUUUUACCCGAAUGGCGGCACUCGCCAGCCUGGGUGCGGCAUCGAUUAUAGAGGCUUAUGUGCCCAUAAUAGGGCCCACAUGUUCUUUGCGGAGUCGAUAAUAUCUGACGUGCCUUUCACUGCCGUCCGCUGCAAGGAUUACGAUGAGCUUUACUAUCAGAGGUCCUGUAAAGGCACAGGAGAGAAGCUGAUUAUGGGCGGCUUUGAUAUACAUUAUGGGAAAGACGGAAUUUACUACCUAAAGACCAACGCGGAGAAACCUUACGCCUUGGGCGACAUAGCUCCGUGAGCCGUUAUAUUGCGGAUUUUGUUAACUUAUAUAAAACACAAAAGGUGAAACACAAAGGUGUGGAACAAGCUCCCGGCAUCUGUGUCCUGUAGCAUAUAACUUGAGCAUAUUACCCUCAUAGUGUAAAAGCAUAAUAAACAUUUUGCAGCCUAACAGACUUAAACCUAAACCUUAUCAAUAGCCUAUAAUAGUCCUUUGUUGGACUAGAGA